AUGGCUUCUUCAACGCCCAAAACACAACACUCUCAUAAGAGCGGCUCCUCAGAAUGGACGAGCGAGAUGCGCGAUAAGCAAGCCCGUGGGAAGAACCCCUACGUCGACGAAAGCGACGCAAGUGAUGCUGAACCCAUGCGGCUCGGAGGUCACGCCACGGAAUCACACAUGGAGAGAGAACGGAGAGGAGAAGCCAUGUUUGUGCUUGACAAUCCAGAAGCACUCAUGGCUCACGCGCAAGCCAGCGGCGACAGCAUCGCUGGACAGCGCCUCCGCUUCAUGCGCCAACUAUGUGGCUUCGACAAUGACAAGUACGACGACGCAUCUACUUCUACUUCUUCAACUCGGAACACGAAACGGCGAGGCUCAGGCGAGCAACUGGUCAUUGGCCUGUUGGAGAUGAUUGUGCAAGGUCCAACUACGAUCUUUUGA